GCUCCCUCCAAUCAGUAGUCUCUCGAGACGUGAGUCGAGUCAAUCGACGGGUCCUCCCCAAGUACCCAAGUGUCUCCCGUGGAUUUUACCCCUAAAAAAACCGAAAUAAACGCCGAGACAUCUCUUAUUCCUCAACAAUCAGCGAAAAAACUGUUGAGUAAAUUAGAUUAACAGUAAUUAAUCUAGUUUGCUGAACGCGACAGGCCACACUCGAGGCGACAAACGAUAAAUAUUAAAUAAAAUUGAUUAAUUCAAUUUAUACGGAGUUUAAUAGUUGAGAGGAUUAUUUUGUGGUGUUCUUUAAAUUUUUUUAAAAACAAACAACAAUGAGCUGGCAGGAUUACGUUGACAAGCAGCUGCUCGCAUCAAGAUGCGUUACGAAGGCGGCUAUUGCCGGCCACGAUGGAAAUCUCUGGGCUAAAUCCGAGGGCUUUGACGUGACCAAAGAGGAAUUAGUAAAGCUCGUCCAGGGUUUCGAAACCCAGGACAUUCUGACGUCGGCAGGCGUGACAUUAGCUGGCACCAGGUAUAUCUAUCUGUCGGGUACAGACCGUGUGAUAAGAGCCAAAUUGGGAAAAGUCGGAGUGCACUGCAUGAAGACGGCGCAGACUGUUGUAGUAUCACUAUACGAGGAUCCAAUUCAACCACAGCAGGCUGCAUCGGUUGUUGAGAAGUUGGGUGACUACCUCCUCUCUUGCAGCUAUUAGUCCCGUCAAGUGUCGCAGGUCCCUCAACAAGACUCCAGAAUCUGCUUUCUAUUUACCUCCACCUCCACCUGGAACUGCGACGAAGAAAAUUACAUUUUUCUUGUUUCUGCUUCCAAAAGGAAGAAUUUUUUUUAUAAAUUGAAAAAAUAAUUAAAGUAAUGGAAUACAAGUAAUAAACACAGUGAUCUUGGGAUUGAGUGGACGUUUUGACGAUGGUGAGAAUUGGAGGAGUUGGAGAGAACCAUUUUAAAUAUCAUCAUCAGAUUUUUUUAAAGCGUGAAUUUGAAAGGUGAAUUGAAAUUUUGACCGAUAUUAGAUGUAACUCUGUGAAACGAUAUGUUCUUCGUAAGGCGUUUUUUUUGCAUACAUCACCGUAAGAUUGUCUUUAAGAGAGUAAUAAAUUUGUAUAAAGUGAUGUAAA